AUGGCGGAGUCCGGUGGAGGAGAGUUUAGCUGUCUCGGGCACAGCAGGAUGAUUGACAGUGGCAUGAAAUGCACUUUUUCUGCUCCUGGUCAUAGCACAGCUCUCCUUCAGGGACUAAGUGCACUGCGUGAUCAAGGUCAGCUACUUGAUGUCAUUCUUACUAUAAACAAUGAUGUUAUCCAAGUCCACAAAGUGGUCUUAGCUGCUUGCAGCGACUAUUUUAGGGCAAUGUUUACAGGAGGAAUGAGAGAAGCCAGGCAAGAUGUAAUUGAAAUAAAAGGUGUAUCAUCUAGAGGUUUACGACAUAUCAUUGACUUUGCUUAUACUGCAGAGGUUACACUUGAUCUUGACUGUAUUCAUGAUGUCCUGGGAGCUGCAGUGUUUCUUCAAAUGGUACCUGUUGUAGAACUUUGUGAAGAGUUCCUAAAAUCUGAAAUGAGUGUGGAGACCUGCCUGAAUAUUGGACAGAUGGCUACAACAUUCAGCUUGGCAUCUCUAAAAGAGUCAGUGGAUUCUUUCACAUUCCAG